AAAAAGUUGUUGAACACUGUUACAAAAAGUUAAGAAUCCGAGCCAUGUCAUUGGCUGUGAGGAGGCGGACAGGAAAAUGCAGCGGCUGUUGAAGGUGGUAUAUAGGUGCGGUGACAGCCAGCAGCUGCGGUGACUCUCCUCAUCACUCCCCGUGGCCCAGGGACACUAUGACCGCCUCUGUGGCCGUCUAUAGGAGCAUCUACACCGAGGACCGCUUCAAACAGACUUAUGGCUCCGAGCACAGCACCGAUGGAAACCUGCGGCUGCGGGACAGGCUGGCCGGGAGGUGCAGGUGUUCAAAGCGAGCCUUCCUUCACCUGCUGAGGGAGAGAGUGCCCAUCUGUCAGUGGCUGCCCAGGUACCGCCUGAAGAAAUGGAUUCUAGGAGAUACUGUGGCAGGACUGACUGUAGGGAUUCUGCACAUUCCACAAGGUAUGGCCUUUGCUUUGUUGACAUCAGUGGCACCAAUAUUUGGCCUUUACACCUCCUUCUUCCCGGUGAUCCUGUACAUGAUUUUCGGCACAGGUCGCCACGUGUCCACAGGUACAUUUGCGGUGGUGAGUUUAAUGACUGGCUCUGUGGUCGAACAGAUGGUUCCCAGUCCUCUGGACCUGAACGCCAGCUCGUCUGAAGCAGCUGAGUUUGAGGCUCAGAGGAUUGGAGUGGCCUCUGCUGUGGCUCUGCUCUCAGGACUUAUAAUGCUCUGUAUGUGCGGUCUCCAGCUGGGCUUCCUGUCCACCUAUUUGUCCGAACCAAUCGUCAAAGCUUUCACCAGUGCUGCUGCCUUCCACGUCACCAUCUCACAGCUGCAGAGCAUGCUGGGUCUACGGCUGCCUCGCCACACGGGGACCUUCUCCCUCUUUAAAACUUUAGCAUCAGUGAUGGAGAACCUGCCUCACACCAACAUGGCUGAGCUGCUCAUCUCUGUGGUGUGUUUGGCCGCUCUGGUCCCGGUGAAAGAGAUCAACAUGAGAUACAAACAUCGGCUGAGAACGCCCAUACCUGUGGAGAUUCUCACGGUGAUUGCGGCUACAAGUGUGGCCUACGCCACGUCUUUGGACUCUUUGUACAACAUCGAGAUAGUCGGCCACAUCCCAGCUGGAUUCCCUCGUCCACAGAUGCCCGCCGUACACACGUUCCCUGACAUUGCUGGAGACACCGUUGCCAUUACGUUUGUGGGUUACGCCGUGUCCGUGUCACUGGCGAUGAUUUAUGCCGACAAACAUGGAUAUUCCAUACACCCGAACCAGGAGCUUCUGGCUCACGGCGUCUCCAACACGGUGUCUUCCUUUUUCACCUGCUUCCCCAGUUCAGCCACUCUGGCCACCACUAAUAUACUGGAGAGUGCAGGGGGAUACACACAGCUCUCAGGCCUCUUCACCAGUCUGGUUGUUCUGAUCGUCCUGCUGCUGAUUGGUCCAUUAUUCCACUUCCUCCCCAAGGCGGUCUUGGCAUGCAUCAACGUCACCAGCCUGCGUCAGAUGUUCCUGCAGUUCCGAGACUUGCCUGACUUGUGGAGAAUCAGCAAAAUGGAUUUUAUGGUGUGGGUGAUAACCUGGCUGUCCGUAGUGGUCCUUAACGUGGACAUGGGCCUCGCCAUCGGAGUGGUUUUCUCCAUGAUGACAGUCAUCUGUCGCACACAGAGGUCUGGAUGUUCAGUACUUGGUCGAGCCAGCAAUACAGAGAUUUACAGACCAAUGGGGAAACACAGCAAAUGCCAUGAGGUACCAGGUGUGAAGAUCCUGACGUACAACGGACCCAUCUACUACGGCAACCGUAGCUUCUUCAGGGAGGAGAUGGGCAGGCUGCUCGGCCUGACGCCGGAGAAGAUUCGCAGCUGGGAGAAGGCCAGAAAAGCCCUGGAGAAACGGGAGCGAGAGGCCGCCAUCAGCACCGUAGAAAGAGGUGUCGCCAAUACAUCUUUCUCCUCGGAAAAUGAGUUUUUCAAAUCAGAAACGAUUGAGAGCGACGUCCAGGCAGUGUUGAUCGACUGUAGCAGUGUUAUAUUUGUUGACAUUGCUGGAGCCAGACUUUUCACACAGAUGUGCACUGAAUGCCAGAAAGUUGGAAUUCAUGUCUAUCUGUCAAACUGCAAUGAGAACGUUCUAAGGAUCCUCACAUCCAGUGGUCUGAUGAACUACAUGAACCCUCAACAUAUUUUCGUCACUGUUCAUGACGCUGUCGUUUUCAUCCAACAGCAGAUGGAAAAACCUCCAGAAAACACCACGACUGUUUGGGUGUAGGGUCAGUGAUGGCAUCAAACACUUUCCUUAGUGCCUGGAGAAGCUGGCUUAAACUGUACUGUACUGUACUGUACUGUACUGUACUGUACUGUACUGUACUGUACUGUACACCAGUGCUGUAAAGAAACAGUGGCCAUUUGUAACAUGUCAGAAAAAAAGUGAUUAGUGAUAGUAUUGGCCAACUGAUACUAUCGUCGGAUAAAAGCAUAAUUAUGUAAUAUUGGUAUCACCUGUCCUUUGUCCUGUGUUUAUCAUCAGUCUUGUUUGUUUGUAUAUGCUGGAGUGUUUUUACAAUGUGAUAUUUAUUUGCCUUCUUCUCAUUGUUUUGUGGAUAAAUAUGCCCUAAGUGCAAUGAAUAGUUCAAGUCGUUUGUAUAUUUAUAUUUUCUUUUUCUUAUUUUUUAUAAAUACUGCAGGAAUAAACUCUAGAACCACACAUUUGUAAUGGUUGUAACCAAUCUGCUGAAUCUCCCAGAGCAUUAUUUACAGAGAUUUGUGAAACUAUAUUUCAAUAAAUAUCAUUACUAAUGGGUUUUUACAUCAA